AUGAAGGCGAGACCCAAGUCCCUCGCCUUGGCGAAGUUCCAACAAGCGGGGCAGCUGACCAUCGCCAAGAACAAGCAAACUAAGGCUGAAUCCAAGAAGGACAAGGGCAUCGAUGUGAUCCAGGUGGGCUCUAUCGCCUCCGCUGCCUUCCUGGUGCUAUGGAUCAUCGCCUCGACCAUGGUCAGUGCCGUGUUCACGGUGCGAUACAUGGGCAUUGUGGAGGAAGACCAAGCCUGGUAUCUGCUGGAGGGUUCGGCCCGCACAGCUGCAGCGGAAGCCAAAGCUGUGAUGGCCACUGCCAUGCAGGCGAAGUCUGAUUUGAUUGCAGCCAUCGACCAUGGCCUCAUCAAAACCAGCUACGACUAUGCGGCCAUCGAGAGCACCUUGGUGCCCACCAUGGCCCUGAAGCCUUACGUCCACUCCUUCGAGAUGAUCUUUACAGACCGACAGGCUGGUCUCAAGAUCGGUCAUCGAGAGGAGGAGAACGGCCGCCAACUUCUGCUUCAAUCCAAUGGAGCGGAUUGCUACCUGCUUGGAACACAGGGCUGUGCUGAUCUUGGAGUGCCGCAGAACAAGUUUCCUGCAUGGCAAGCCGAAGCCAUGUAUCUGAACCUCAGCUUUACAGGGGACUCAACUCAAAAAAAACGAUUGAAUUUGGACUUCUGCGUUGAAGCCAUGGGAGAGGAGGCAGCACAGUUGAUCAUCAAUGCAUUUGUUGAUGGUUUGGCGAAAGGCCGAAAUUUGCCUUUGCUGCUCGAGCAUUCCAAAUCCGGCGUGACCAGCACUGUCCAGAUGGACAAAGCCCGUACUGCUUUGUCAAUUCGCGCCAAUGGCCGCGUGCAGCGAGUGCCUUUCGAAAGCAUCAUGCAGAUUUCGGUGGGUGCGGAAAAAGCUGUGGACUUUGACCUGCCUCUGCAUGAUCUUUGUGUUGCCUUACUCCUGGAAGACGAACAGACCAUCUAUGCCUUUGAAUUCGAAGAUGAUGAGGCCCAACUCCGCAGACACUGGAUGUUGGAUCACAGCUGUCACCGCCAGGCAGAAGAGCCACCGCCGCUGAUCGAGUCGGGACCACCUGCCGCGCUGCCUUCAGUACCCCGACAGGUGCCUAGCCGUCCAAAAUCGGUGCCUCUUGACCCCAUGGGCUACCCACAAAGCUCUGCUCGUGGGGUGCCCGGGCAAGAGGCAUAUCAAGACACUGGGGAGGCCUCUGCUCGGAGUACUUCGUCGAAGAAGGAGCUGUCUGACGGACAGAAGAUCGUGAAACGAUUCGUCCAGAAGAUGGUGAGAGGGCGAGAGUUAAAGAUGCUUUCCACGACAGGCAGAUCCCUCCGUUGCCUUGUGGUGCUUGACCGUGAUAUCCGACACAUCUCCAUUCAGCUUGCUGGCAAGAAGGAUGCAAAGCAACGCUUUGUAAACCUCAAGAGCAUCGAACAGAUCUACGUGGGCCAGGAUGUGGCGGAGAUUGAGCUGGUCACCGAGCUGUCGGUGACCUUCGUCUUAGAGGGGGGUCAAGCAAUUGCCUUUGAUCUUGAUGACGAGGAGGAGCGGGACACGUUUGCAAUGUGUAUGCAGAUGUUCGUGGAUGCUAAUCGCAAGGAUGCCGAAAGACGUCGGAAAGAAGUGACAAAGAUGCCACGUGGCAGUGAGGCGGAGAUCAUUUCCCAAGCGCAGAUGAUUGCCAUUGGCAAACAGGCGGGACCAGCAGAACAAUGGCUCUUCCCACCUGUCUUGGAUGCUGUUCAAGGCUCGGGUGAAAACGUCACCUGGUAUCCGAUCGUGAGGUUGAUCUUUCGUCAGCCCCUUCCUGCGGCUUGGGCACCGCAGCAAGAGAUUUUGUGUGGAAGAAUCUCGUUGCAGGUGGCGGCAUUGAGUAAGGAUCAUCUUCGGGAUUCGCAGCUUGGCGACAGCGGCAAGACGUUCUUAGUGGACGCCAGUGGCACGAUCCUCUCAGCGGUUCAGAUCCAGGACACACUGGCUGUGGACAGCGUGGGAGCCAUGCAAAUGAGGCGCCUCACAGAUCUGCCAGACGCUUCAUGGAGCGGAAGCAUUGCUGGAGCCUUCAGGGGCGAUCGGAUUGAUGCCAUGCAGGUGAAGGAGGGUUGGCUCGCUGUUGUGGUGUAUCCUUUGCCAAUGCCGCUGAACAUGUUCGCCAUCGUCGUGGUGUCUCAAGCCGAGAACAGUUCGUUUCAGGACAGCUCCAUUUUUCAGUCCAUGAUUGUUCUGAUGGCCUUCACUUCGGUUCCGUACGUGGUGGUCUUCGUGACGUUGAGCGUGGUCUUCUUUUCGGCCAACACCAAAGUGGGACAAGAGAUGAAAGCCAGAAAAUCUGUCUUCGCGCGAUUUGCAGAAGGAGUUACAGAUUUCGCAGCAGCUCAAGGUGUCAAGAUGAAACAUCGGAAUACAGUUCGUCCAAUGUCGAAAGGAAGCGACGGGCCACUCUUCACGAAGGAGAUGGAAGGCAUGGGUCGCAAGAUCUCUCAGACCAGCGUGUUGAGCGCCGGCGAAAUCUACGACGCAGAGGACAAACCCUUGGCGGUCCAGCCCAGAAAGACGCAUAUCAUGAACGAUGCAUACUUCGAAGCGGACCGUUCUUGCAAGGGGUAUUGUGUACGGUGUGUGCGCUGUUUCUGUGCAUGCUGUAGGGGGCGAGCGGGCUAUUAG